UUUAAUAUAUAAAUUACGGUGAGGUUCACACAAUCAACAUAUCGAUACCAAGAUGACACCAUUCUACUUUGUUAUAGCAUUGAUAAUUCAGACAUUGCUUGUUGGCGCAGAAAAGGAUGUUGAUGUAUCAUGCAAUGAGACCGUAAUAUUAAAUUCUCUUACAAAUAAGAUCGAAGAUGAUAUCGUAGUCAAAGAUUAUCAUGCAGCCCCUCUGGAUUGGAUCGAUAUUAUAGGUACGACGGGAUCUAUCUAUCCCACUGCAUCAGCUUCUAUGAUGGCACAAGCUGUACUCUCUGAUAAACCGCCAGAAGAACAACUAGAAGAUAUCAAAGAUAUGGCCACUCAGAUAAAAAUGGCGAUCCAAAGUGAAAUGGUGAAUCUUCUUUCUUAUGCCAUUUCUGGCACAGAAAAGGAAUCUGAUGGAUGUGCCAGAAAAAAGCGCUCGGUAGAAACUCCAACUGAUAGCACAAAACUAGUUAUGAGACUAUUGAAGCACAUUAAGUCAAACAAUGAUUACCAAAACAUUGCUAUUGAAAAAAUGAUGAGUGCCCAAGAAAUCGCUGAUAAAUACGGUAUUCCAUUCAAAGCUGAUCCAGAAAUUUUAACUGAUUUAGCUGUAGCUGGCAAUGAACAAGCGAGUGAACUCACAUCAAUAUUGAAAGACGUUUGUGAAGUUACCAAUGCAACAAAGACGCAAUCAGAUUGUAAGCCAGAAAAACCAGUUCACAAUAUGACGUACCAACAUGAAGAUACUAUUAAACAGCCAACAGAAAGUUCAUUCGCUUAUUACGAUUUCUCUGAACCUCAAUCAUACCACUACUGCAGUCCAGUGACACCACGUCCUUCAUUCUACGAUACAGUGUCCUAUAGACCGUCUCAAGACUAUUAUUCAUAUUGUACUGUUGAACCUGUAUCUUCAACGCCUUCUAUAUUUGAUCCAGUUGAACCCUUACCAGAGCUAGUAGGAGAUGAGAUUGAAGAGACAAUAUCGUCCAAGAUUUUCGUUAAUGACGAUGAUGAUUCGUCCACUGUGAACCAUGUGACUUCUUACACGGUGUCCGAGAAAUCGCAUUUUAGAAAACCACAUAUAGAAGCUCUGCCUCAACAAAUGCAGUACUACUUUUAUUUAAUUUAAUACAAUGUUAGCAGUCACUAGUGUAGUUUAUAAAUGCUUAUUAGUGUUGUCUGAUAUUUAAAUUGUUAAAUUGUAUGUAAAACAAUACCCCAGACCUUU